GAAAUUAAACGUUAUGGAACAAAAGUGAACUUUGACCUGUGACGGGGAGCAGAAGAAAGCUUGGAGCUUGCGGUCAUGGUGGCGUUGGCGGUUUCAUCUCCUGCUCGUAUAUAUUAAAUCCGGUCUUUCCCGUCGUCUCUUCCUCUCCGAUUUUUCUGUCUUCUCUCUCUGCAUUUUCCCAAAAUUUACAAACACAGAUUCAGAUCUGAUCUUCGAGAAAGAUUUUUGAAGAAAAUGGCGGUGGUGUCACCUCUUGCCAAAUACAAAUUGGUAUUUUUGGGAGAUCAAUCCGUCGGAAAAACCAGCAUUAUUACGAGAUUCAUGUAUGACAAAUUCGAUACCACAUAUCAGGCUACCAUCGGCAUCGAUUUCUUGUCCAAAACAAUGUACCUUGAAGAUAGAACAGUUCGGUUACAGCUUUGGGAUACUGCCGGGCAGGAGAGGUUUAGGAGUCUCAUUCCGAGCUAUAUAAGAGAUUCAUCAGUUGCAGUGAUUGUCUAUGAUGUUGCCAAUCGACAGUCAUUCUUGAACACUGCAAAAUGGAUAGAAGAAGUGCGUACAGAACGUGGCAGCGAUGUCAUUAUAGUCCUAGUUGGGAAUAAAACUGAUCUUGUUGAUAAAAGGCAGGUUUCAAUCGAAGAAGGAGAUGGCAAGGCUCGUGAACUCGGAGUAAUGUUCAUAGAAACAAGUGCGAAAGCUGGAUUCAACAUCAAGCCUUUAUUUCGCAAGAUCGCUGCAGCCUUGCCAGGAAUGGACAAUCUUUCGUCAACAAAACAGGAAGACAUGGUUGAUGUGAAUUUGAAAUCUUCCAGUAAUACGUCUCAAUCGGAUCAACAAGGCGGAGGGUGUGCAUGUUAGAUCUUCACAUAGAGUUUCCAUUCGAGGGAAUGUAACCAUUUUGUUCUAACAUUUUGUAUCAAAACAACCGUUGUAGUUGGAAAAUAUCCUGAAAACCCUCUACUUCAGAACAAGAACAUUCUUACUCAAAAUUUGCCAUGUAUGAUGGUGUCUUUUGAAGUUAAAAUCAAACAUAUUUUUUU